AUGAAGCCUACCGUUCGUUUGACAAACUCGCCUGGGCGUGCUGCCACAGGUGCCCCGGCCACCGGCUACCGGAACCCUUCGCAGAUUCAUACUCAACAUCGGCCACGACCACCCUCGGACGACGAAGACGAGGACGACGACGAGGACGAGGAUUCUGACGAAGAAGAUAUUGGUCGACCAGUCUCCUCCGGAAGUGAUGCCUCUUCAAAUGUGACCACUCUGUCAGCUGCGCCUAUCACUCCAGUCACCACGCAUCCCCACGGCUCAAGCUAUUUCUCCCCUCAGAAGCGCUCCACCUCAACCAACACUUCGCCUCAAUACGCAGCCCGCGCAAUGCCUUCGGACUCUUCGUCUAGUCGCAGGCCGCUUGGCCGUGGUCCUUCCAUCGAGUUGCCCCGUCAUCGGUCCAGACAGCAUUCACAAGGCUUCUUUGAGCCUUCAUUGCCCACCGCCGCCUCAUCGGAGCAGGCAUCGACGAGCUCGGCCUCGCGGAUUGCGGCCCAGGCUGCUAUGCAACAGAUGAAAAGAACACAUAGCACACCUCAUCAGAUCGAUGAGACGAAGCGUAGCGAGAGCAUUUCUCCUCCUCUGAUGCCCCUUCCUCUACGAGUCAAUCAGCCUUCUCCCUCUCUACCCCCUCCAACGAACGCACCCAAUGUGGCUACAACAGCUGCAAGCAUCGUCUUCCCCCGCACAGCCGGUGGUCAGUCGACUUCUGAAACUCAUGUCCCCGAGAAGCAAAAGAUCAAGAAACUCUUCUCCAAACCGAAACAUAUUGGGAUCAGUCGCGACAAGGACCAUCGGGACCGCGGGUUGCCUUCACCGAGUAAGCUGCCUAGCUUAUCGCGUAUGGUCAGCGCUUCAACGACUAGUCUGGUCGACCUUCCCUCAAACAACUCGUCCAUGUACAACUUGUCCAACGCCUCUGUCAGCACCGUGGUACCGGCUGAUCGGCCCCCCGCGCCUCCAGAAAAGGACAAGGACAAGGAGAAGGACAAGCACAAACAUCAUUUCCUAUCUCGGCAAAAGCUCAAACUGAAAGACCGGGAUGAUCACUACAAUCUGCCGCUGUCUUCGGCAUCCAGCAACUCCCGACCAGCUGAUCCCAACGCACCUCAAUCUCUGUACUCCUUCACGAGUCCGGCUUCUCCGGCGCCAGGUGCCACCUUUGGAAAGUCGGUCAGUGGGCUGGAUCUGCUGCAUGGUGGACGGGCACUUCGGGAGAAAAAGAAGGAAGAGAAAGCUCUUGCAGAGUCUGAUCCACUGGAAUGGCUUGCCACCUCAGUAAGCGGAGCCACAACACCUGGAGGAAUCCCAGGGCCAUCCUCAUUAACCAGCCCGUCGGGUGUUCUGGGCGACGCCUUGAUACGGGAGGCCUUGCAAGGGUUCGGACUGAAUAACAUGUCACCGGAAGAUGCGUGGGAUCUUCUCAAGGCUAAAUUACUGGUCAUCUUUGACGGGGAAGAUGUGCGUAUUGCCAUCGAGGAUCUGAACAAGCUGGUGCUGGUCCACCUGCAAUGCUGCGUUCAUAAGCGGGCGCCGACCUCGAUAAUCGCAGAUCUUCAAGAGCUACUAGAGACGGGAUUUGCAACGCUAAAUCACAGCUCUUUGAUAGGAAUUCCCGACGAAAAGCUGGUGCCUCAUCUUGUGCAAGCAUGGAUGCUUGUUUUCGGUACAAUCCUACCGUUUGUCCAGGCCGUGUUCCUCCCCUUAGAUCUGGAAUUUAAGGGGCUGGGAAGUCUUAUGACCCCUCGCGAGGCUCGUGAAUUUUGGGGCGCGCUUCCUGCCGGUCAGGCACUCGACGUACGGAACAUAGUCCUGAUUGCGUUUCGCGAUCGCAUCAUCUUGAACCGUUACGAAACUUUGAAAACCACCUUUUCGCGACUGUCGUUGGAUAGUAUCAACUCAGGCUUCUCGACCCUGAGUGUUACGACCAAGAGCAGUGCUGCCGCCGGUGGACGUCCCGGUACCGCCGCAUCCCUUGAUGCAGCAAUGGGCAGCUACAACUCGCAAUCUUCGACUCACCUCAGCACCGGUGCUGCCGAGAGUUACUCGUCAGACUCGAUGAGCGCGCUGGUGCGCCCACUGAGCAACGAUGAGCGCAGUCGAGCCGCAUCCAACACGUCUUCCAAUCCUGAUCCCCUUAUCUUCUCCUCCCUGACUGCCCAAACAUCAAAUCAACGGCCCACGAUCAUCCACCAUGGAAGCUCGACAGACUCGUCUCAUGUCAUCACCGAAACAGUCGGCCGCAUGCUCCAAUGCAUCAGCGUGCUAGCCAGUGUUCAAACCGAUGACCAGCCCCAAGAGUACAUAGAGGUUCUCGGCAAAGCUCUGAAGCACAAUUGGCUUGGUCGAGGCCGUACCGGCCGCGAUCGGCGUGGCUUCGUUGGUGCCAAAGUCCGCCCAGUCAUGGUUGGUGGAACACCCACCCUCGACAAUGGCGACUUUUUGCACGCUGGAGGACCUGCACACGGCGGCGGUACGAAGAGUAUGGCUGGCUCGAGAUCGAGAGGAGAUUCGUCCUCGUCUGAAUGGAGCGGGCGAGAUGCUCCUAGUACGAGUUUGCGCGGUGGUAGUCGCCGUGAACUGAGCGUUCUCUAG